AUGGGCGGGGAUUACGGGCCGCAGGAAACAGUUGCCGGCGCCGUCGCCGCAGUGACCGAGGGCAAGGGCCGUGUCGCCGUCCUGUUGGUUGGCGACGCCGAAGCUGUCCAGCCGGAGCUCGAGCGCCACAACCUCCAGGGACUGCCCAUCAAGUUCAUUCCGUCCGAGGGCGUGAUCCUGGACAGCGAGUCGCCGAUGCAGGCGUUUCGGGCCAAGCCCAAGGCAUCCGCCAUCGUGGGCGUCGGCAUGAUUAAGGAAGGGUACGCCGACGCCUUCGUAACGAUGGGCUCCACCGGGGCAGCCAUGGCGGCAAGCGCCUUGCUUCUCGGCAUGAUGGAGGGCAUUGAGCGUCCGGCGUUGGGCGGCCCCAUCAUCGGGCUCGCGCCGAAGACGGUGUUCAUUGAGAUUGGGAGCAGCAUUGACUGCCGCCCGUCGCAACUAUUGGACUUCGCGGCGCUGGGCGUGGCAUUCAGCCGCACGUACUUGGAGGUGUCGGACCCGCGCGUUGGCAUUCUGAGCGUGGGUGCGGAAGAGGGCAAGGGGAACAGGCAGACCAAGGAGGCUUUCCCCCUGUUCCAGGCAAGCGGCUUGAACUUUGUGGGCAACGUUGAGGGGCACGACCUGUGCGGCGACAGGGUAGACGUUAUUGUCUGCGACGGCUUUGUCGGCAAUAUCCUGCUCAAGGCGUUCGAGAGCCUUGGCGAGGGACUCUCCCGCUACGCGGACGCCGCGGCCGUUGGCCGGGAUGUGUACAACAUGCUGAACCGCAUCGAGUAUACCGGUGGCGGACCGCUCUUCGGCGUUAGGGGCAACGUCAUCGUCGGGCACGGGCGAGCGAGUUCCACGGGCAUUUCGCAGGCAGUAAUCACUGCGGCCCGCCUAAGCGAGACCAACCUGGCCGGCCAGAUGGAAGAGGAAUUGACCGCGUUACGGGCACGCAUCGCAGGCUAA